CUCCAUCCCAGAUCUUCCCGCGCUCUCAACGCCUCGUCACUCUCAACUCCCAACUCCAACUCUCUCACUACCAUGAGGACAUUGCAGGCCCUCAUGGCAUUUGCCCCUCCACGGCGGCAGAUGCGCUGGAUCAUGAUACUCAGCAUCUGCGCCGUCGUCAUGUUCUUCCUUUCAGAACAGAGGCAACUCCAUGCCAGCCCAACAGGAGAGACCUGGGACUGGGCAGACUUUCGGGACGGCGCCGUGGUGCCGAGCGUGCAUGACCUUGAUGGCUACGGGGGCGAGCAAGUGCACGCCUCAGCGAAAGGGCGCGUCCUUGUGACCGGUGGUGGAGGCAUGAUCGGCAAGCAAGUGAUAGCGCGUCUCCUGACGGCUGGGACGCCCAUCACAGUACUGGACAAGAUCUUCUUUGAAGACGAAUUGAUGGCGUUACAAAGGAAACACCCAAAGACCGACCUGCGCUAUGUGGAGGGCGACAUCCGUGACGCGACGGCGCUCGCUUCCGCCAUGACAUCCGACGUCGUCGGUGUGAUCCAUCUCGCCGCAGUAUCUCGCGUGCUAUGGUGUCUGGAGAACGAGAAGGACUGCGACGAUGUCAAUGUGCGCGGUACCCAACUUGUUUUAGAGGCCAUGAAGGGCGGGUGGUUCAUCCAGGCCAGCUCGCGUGAGGUGUACGGUAACCCCGAGAAAAUGCCUGUGCCAGAGGACACGCCACACAAGCCGGCCAACGUUUACGGCAGCUCGAAGGCCAGGGCGGAAGACGUGAUCACGUCGUAUGUUGCCAACGUCACAGCGAGCGGCACCAAGGAUAUCAAUGCCAUCAUGCUUCGCCUGUCCAACGUUUACGGAAGCGCGGCUGACCACCGCGAGCGUUUAAUCCCUGCCAUCAUGAGCAACGCGCUAGCGCACCGCCCCAUCCAGAUCGUCGGUGGUGAUCAGAACCUCGACAUGGUGAACAUUCGUGAUGUGGUUAACGGCUUUACUCUCGCUGUCAACAGGUUGAAUGAGAAGGCUAUGGGGCCUGAAAAGAAGCGCGGCGAAGUCGAGGUCUAUAAUGUCGGCACCGACAAGUCAACUUCAGCGAUGGAGCUCAUCCGCAAGAUUCUAUGGCUCACCAACUCAUCUUCGCCAGUACAGACCUUGCCCGGCGACAACCGCUUCCCCGAUCGCUAUGUAGGGAGCACUAAGAAGUCGUUAGAGGUGCUUGGAUUCAAAGCAGCUGUCCCUAUCGACGAAGGCCUCCACAGCCUCGCCCUCCAGUAUUUGGACGAGACAUUGCUCUACCUCCAGCGCAAGCAGCUGUCCCAAUGCACUGGGCGGCGAAAGUAUUCUGUCGACGACCUCCUAUUCCUGGAUGGUUGCUCUGGAGUCGUUGCGGCCGACCUCGAGGGCCAGCCGUUUUAUCCCUUUUACGACCAGGCGAAGGAUGAUAAGCCGGCAGAGUUCGGGUGGCGGGAUGGCGACGAGCCACAGGACUGGAAGUUUGAGAUCAAACCGCUCGGCAAGGGCGCCACCCUGCUGCUCACUCAACACAUCAAGGAGAAGAAGGACGACAAGGUCGUUCGGGAAUACGAUGUCAAUUUCCAGUCUUCUUCCGCCACCAACAGUCCGAACAGUACCAACCGAUUUGCGAUGGAGAUCGCUCCCGACUCCGGGUUCAUCAGCCUCACCCAGUCUAAUGGAUCUCCGCUUGUGCCAUGGGAUCCGCGUCCGCCUCCAGGAAGGCGAGACCAGAUGCCCGACCCUUCCAUGACCGACUUGGGCAAGUUCCGUUUCCGCAUCACACCUUUUUGCUGUCCCGGAAAGCCCGCGCCAUGGCCCUUCUUCCGUGACGACCCGCUGGCAUCAGCGAUCCUUGAUAUGCGCCUCGAGAACAAGCGCAUCUUCAACGCUUCGCAGAUCACAACGCUUUGUGAGCGACUGCAGGACGCGGAGAAGCUCGCCAAGUCCCGUAUUGAGGCGCUUAACACCGACCCGAGGCCCAUACAGUUGCAGCAGGCCCCUUUUCCCACCGGUCGCCCAGCAGACUGGCGCUUCCGUGACCGCGACGUGUGCACCAACCUUUGCGACCACCCGACAGUUUGCCUCGACACUGGCAAAUGUGCCUGUGCUCAGGCUGCUUGCUCUCGUCGUCUGCGCUUCCCCUUUGCCGACUUUGCCAACCUGCCGCAUCUCUCCUGGCCUCCUGAGAAGGCCUCGCUGGACUGGGACGCCGUAUUGAAGGCGGACCCAGCCGCUCUCGUCGCGCAGGUUGAGCGCUCGACGUGGCUUAACGUUUUGCACCCCGCUGCACGUCGUUAUCUGAGCAGCAAGCCUGCCUGGCCCAAGGCUAACGUGACUUUCAUGCCUGAUGACGAGGAGAAGGCGUACAAGAACGACCCCGAGAAAUACGAGAAGAUCCAGACGGAGUGGCACGGAUGCUUUAGCGCGGAUAGCGUCCUGGAGCGCGGCACGCGACUCAUCAGCCAUAAUUACGAGAAGGGCGACCUCGUCUUCAUGCCUCACUACUCAUACACCCUGCGUUUCCCUCCGAUCGGCGAUUGGGUUACCAACGCUCUUGAGCAUCACCUCCCCAAGGACUUUGACACAGCAGACAUGAUCGUUCCGUUCACCUUUGAUUGGGGCCGCUGCCAGACCAUCCUCCACAAUCUCUUCCGCGUUCGUGACUGGAGCAAGACGGCCAAAGAGGUCGUCCGCACCUCUUCUUGGCAGCCCAUGGGAGACACGAACUCGCCUUGCUACUUCAUGGACCAAGAUGUGGUCGUUCCCGCCCGAACAUGUCUUCAGGAGAAUCUCCGUGAAACAUUUGGUGACAUGCUCAACGUCAUGCCGGCGCGCCUGCGCUCAACUCUCGUGCACUUCAAGGGAUCUCCUAACGGAGCUGGCGCGUCGGUCCGCAACAAGCUGGUGUGCGAGCGCCCAUGGCGCAAGGACACUCGCGGCAUGAAGCUCAAGGGUGCCGAGAAGCUCAAGACGUACUGGGGCAGCCUGCGCCCCUCGUUGGUGCGGCCUGCUUCUGAGCCCAACCCGGCCAAGGACUAUAUGGAAACGAUCGGCGACUCGAUCUUCUGCCCGGUGCCCCGCGGUACAACGGGCUGGGCGACGCGUACCAUCGAUGUCGUUUAUGCUGGCUGCAUUCCUGUUCUGCUCGGCGACCAGACUCACCACCCGUUCUGGGACAUGCUCGACUGGUCGAAGUUCUCCGUGACGAUCAACGACUUCGAGGUCGAGCGGACCGAACAAAUCCUGACCUCAUAUACAUGGGAGGAGGUCCAGCGCAUGCAGACCAACCUCAUGCUCAUCCGCGACGCGUUCCUCUACCCGAACGAAGGACACAUGAAGGACAACCUUGAGGAGCGUGGGCCAUGGUUCUACGCGAUCCACUCCACAUGGCUGCUGCAAAACACCAAGUUCCCCACUGUGAACGACAAGUAAAAUCUCCUGCAUAUUCAUCAUGUUGCCGUUAGAGGGGCAGCUAGUUGUACUACUACCAUAUCAUGCACUGCCUGAAUUGAUCG